AUGGAAGCGACACCGCAGUGGAGCUGGCCCUCAGAUCUCCCCAAAGAGCGACGCCACUCGAAAGCCGACGCAGCCGAUACCUCAGAUCCCAACAGUCCUGAGAAUCAAAGUCAGGAUGAGCAGAACGAGACCGAAGGCGACGAGCAGCCGCAGCCUCGGCCUCAGCCCAAGCAAAGAUACUACAGCCCACGAACAUGUCGCAUUUGCUUGGACGUCGUCCAUCCAACCUUUGCGGAGCCCUUGCCCAUGAGUGGUUUUAUGAACUCUCCGCCGCGGCCUAUCUACAAGUCUGAAGAACCCGAAUGUGGACGGCUUAUUUCACCAUGCAAGUGCAAAGGUUCUCAGCGCUACGUCCACGAGGGCUGCUUGCAAGCUUGGAGAUAUGCAGACUCGACUGCCAAUCGGAACUUUUUCGCCUGCCCAACCUGUGGCUACAAGUACAAACUUGAGCGGCUGUCAUGGGCAAACCGCAUGUCAAGCGCACCUGCACAAAUCUUACUGACUAUUCUCAUCUUUGUUUUCUCGGUCUUUCUCCUCGGAUUCGUCGCAGAUCCUAUCCUUGGCCUUUGGAAUGACCCGGUGGGUGUAAUUGCCGACGGGGUUGCAAACGUGCUUGACGACAUCGAGGCGAUCAACGAACCGACAUCAAAUGAGCCUGGGACGUGGCUGGAACACUUCCUCAAAGGCUUCUUUUCUCUUGGUCUUCUUGGUUUCAUCAAGACUUUCCUCGCCAUGACGCCGUGGCAGGUGUACAAUCUUCGACAUGGCGGUGGCCUCUUCGGUUCGACCGGACGUCGCGGAGGAACAGGACGCGCGCGGGUCGAGGGCAUCAACAUGGCCGUGGUCAUUGUCGGCGCAGUUACCUUUUUGUUGGGCGUCUGGAAAGGCGUGAGGGCACUCAGCGCGUCGGCGUUGCAACGCGCAAGCGACAGGGUAUUUGAUGUGGGUGGUGAUGAUGACGACGAUGAUGAUGAGGAAACGAAGCAGGACUAA